GCGGCGAGCGGACUCCGCCGCCGCCUGCCCCGCGUCCUCGCCGUGACCCCGACGGGGUGCUUCGCGCGCCGCUGCUGCCUCCCGGGCAGCUCUGAGGAGCGCAGCCAUGCCAUGGACGCGGUGAGCUUGGAGUGCCGCCCCCGGCCGACGCCCCCGCCCCCGCGGGACCAGCAGCCACGAGCCGCCCGCACUCCCGACGACGCCCAGCCCGCCAUGGCGCUCACGGCCACGGCCCCCGCGGCCGCCGCCGCCCCUAGCCCGCCGCUGCCGAGGUCGCCGUCGCCGGCCUCACGCCGCUCCAGCAGCCCCGUGCAGACGUCGCCGCCGUCGGCACGCAAGCUCCGCCCCUUCUCGAUCGAGUCCCUCAUCGCCUCGACCAGCCUCCGCGACCGGGACCACCCCAGCCAGGUGAGCGUGCUGUGCCGGCUGGGGGUCAGCGAGGACGCCGGCGGCGACAGGACGGCGCCCCUGGACCUGGUGGGCGAGCGCAGCGCCGACGAGGACGAUGACGCCAGGGACAACCCGUUCGUCGUGGACUACAGCAGGAAGAUGGUCAACAACAACUCGCUGCCGCAGCCGCUGCUGCACCCCGCGGGCCCCGCCGGCCUGCCCCCGCACGUGCUGCCCGGGGUGCCGGGUGGGCUGCCCGGGGGCCUCCCCGGUGGGCUGCCGGGCGGGCUGCCGCUCGCGCUGCUCUACCACUCGUGGCUGCCGCUGCACUUCCUGCAGGACCAGCAGCAGCAGCAGCCGCCCCACCCCUUCCCCUCCUACGGCCUUGGCUCCUUCGGCGGGCUCAGGCCGCAGGACGGCUCUCCCCCGGGCCUCCCUGGCCUCGGCCCGGUCUCGGCCUCCGCGUCCAGCCCGUCGCCCGCCCUCUCCGGGGACGAGUCGCUGUCCAGCGGACCAGGAUCGCCCGUCCACGACCUCUCCAAGUGCGGCCCAGGUAAGCGAUCACAGCGUGUGUCUCUCACGUCCUUCCCGAGGAGAGCCAGGAGGACCCGAGGGGGGAAAAUGAUUCCCUCCCCUGGGGGGCUCAGCGAGAGCACAAUGGGGGAGGGGAAGGGGGUUGUUGGUGGUCACACAUCAGUAGCCGUUGAGCCAGGGAGAAGCAAACAUCAUAAAUCUGCGGGGGCAUUCCGCCAGGCCAGCUCAAGGGACUGGACCAAGGGAGGGAAGGUAAACACCCCCGCCCACCACAGAGCGCGCGGCGGCGGCCCCAAACGCGGCCCCACCCCCCAAGUCCCCCGCCGCGCCGCGGACGAGACCUGCACCGUAAAAGCCAACAAAUCGAAUACAUUACCGCGAGCGCGCGGAAGCAUUGACUGGGAAUAAUGUGAAUAUAAAUGUGAAUCCGUUCUUUGUGUGGACGCGUGUCGACAGGCCACCUGGGAGGCAAACGGAUCCCUACGCCCCCACGCUUCCUGGGCGCCUCAUUCAUAGCGAGAAUGGGGCGCUUUCGCAGUAAAACCU